GUGAAGACUGAGUCAUGCUUUGAAAAAGAAACAUCCCCAACAUCAGAAGAGCGACUGACAGCACAAACUCUUUCCUGCAUCACCUGUGGAAAGACAUUCAGCUCACAGAGACAUUUAGAGAGACAUGAGAGAAAACACACAGAACAGAAACUCAGCUUUACUACCUUACAAGAGAAGAAACUUCAUCAUUCAAAGGAGCACGAAGAGAAGAAGAAGAAGAAAAAGAAGUUGUUUCACUGUGAGCAGUGUGGGAAGGAUUUUGUCUUCUUAUCUCAGCUGGAAGAUCACAUGAGGACACACAGUGGUGAAAAGCCUUUCUACUGCACUGAAUGUGGAAAUUACUUCAGCACCAAAGGAAGUCUUGAUGCUCAUCAGAGAAUUCACACAGGAGAAAAACCAUACGAGUGUCCUCACUGUGAGAUGAGAUUCAGACAAAAAGGCAAUCUGAGGAGACACGUGCGUUUACACACCAAUGAGAGACCGUAUCAGUGCAGUAAAUGUGACAAAGCCUUUAGGGAUUCAGGUACAUUAAAAUCACACCAGAAUAUUCACUCUGAAAAGAAACUCUAUCAAUGUUCACACUGUGAUAAAGGUUUCUGUUAUGAAUCUAGUCUGAAAAGCCAUGAGAGCAUUCACACUGGAGAGAAACCUCAUCACUUACACCAGAAAACUCAUACAGGUGAAAAACCUUACAAAUGCUCUCAGUGUGAGAAAACGUUUACUUAUUUACGUAACUUAAAAGCCCAUCAGAGAAUUCACACUGGAGAGAAGAAACCUUACGUCUGCUCACAGUGUGGAAGGAGCUUCACUGUUCUUAGUUCUUUAAAAGUUCAUGAGAGAAUUCACACUGGAGAGAAACCUUAUCACUGUAGUGUCUGUGGGAGGAGUUUUAAUCGACAUGACAAUUUAGUGAGUCACCAGAGAACUCAUACAGGUGAAAAACCUUACAAAUGCUCUCAGUGUGAGAAAUCGUUUACUCAAUUAACUAACUUAAAAGCCCAUCAGAGAAUUCACACCGGAGAGAAACCUUAUGUCUGCUCACAGUGUGGAAGCAGCUUCACUGAUCUUAGUACUUUUAAAGUUCAUCACAGAGUUCAUACUGGAGAGAAACCUCAUCACUGUAGUGUCUGUGGGAUGAGUUUUGGGCGGCGUGAACAUUUAGUAUUACACCAGAGAAUUCACACUGGAGAAAAACCUUACCAUUGUAGUGGUUGUGGGAAAAGUUUUGUGCAGCGUCACCAUUUAGUGAAUCAUCAGAAAACUCAUACAGGUGAAAAACCUUACAAAUGUUCACAUUGUGAGAAGACGUUUACUGAGUCAGGUGCCUUAAAAGCCCAUGAGAGAAUUCACACUGGAGAAAAACCUUACCAUUGUAGUGCUUGUGGCAAAAGUUUUGUGCAGCGUCACCAUUUAGUGAAUCAUCAGAAAACUCAUACAGGUGAAAAACCUUACAAAUGCUCUCAGUGUGACAAGACGUUUAAUCGGUCAAGUACCUUAAAAAUCCAUGAGAGAAUUCACACUAGAUAGAAACUGAAAUGAGUCUACAAUGGUCUCCAUCUCAAUGGUCUCCAUCUUCAUCACAUUUAAGUGAAUUUUAUAAACUCACAGCGUACACUGCAGUCACCAGGUUCAAGGAAUCACUGACAGCAAUAUAUUAAUAAUAUGUAAAAAAUAAUCCAUGUCUGGUCAUCUAAGAUUUUUUUAUGGAUAUAAAAAUUUUGAUCUGUUUUUUGUAGUUUUGCUUCAUGAUGCAAGUGUAUAAUAGCAUGAUUU